AACCAACCAACCAUAUGAUUUAGAUUACAUCCACAAACCCUUGUUUAUGACUUGAUGAAUUUGCGUGGAUCUUUAUCCCCAAUUCUCAAACCCUUAAAUUCCAAUUCCCUCCCUCUUUUCCUGCAAAUUCAACCAACUCUUUCCAUACCCAUUUGCCGAUUUGAUGCUCCCAAUUGCAGGUUUCGCUUCUCACCCAUCUACAGGAAUUUGAGAACAACAAGAAGAAGAAAUUACCAUAAAACCCUUGUGAAAGCUAGUAGUAGAGAGUCUCCUUAUCAAGUUUUAGGAGUCUCUCCUUCUGCUACUCCUGCUGAGAUCAAAAGGGCCUACAGGAAACUUGCUUUGAAGUAUCAUCCUGAUGUCAACAAAGAGGCCAAUGCUCAAGAGAAGUUUUUGAGGAUAAAGCAUGCAUACAACACGGUGCUGAACUCUGAUUCACGGAAGAAAUACGACUCUGGAAACAGUAAUACGUCUGAAGCAUACAAGCGUGCUGAAGAUGAAGAGUUUUAUGGUUUUGGUAAUUUUUUGAGGGAUGUCCAAAUAUCAUUAGGGGACUUCCUUAGAGAUCUGCAAGAAGAAUAUAGGAACUGGGAGGCAACUGCUCCUUCACAAGCAAAGCCAAAGAGCUUAUGGGAGGAACUAGCGGAAAUCGGGGAAGAAUUUGUCGAGUUUCUUGAAAAAGAGCUGAACAUCACAGAUAGUGAAGAUGAAACAGAGAGAAGAUAUGAAGAACCUGCAACUUCUGGUAAGGGUAGAAGUGGAAAUGGUGGUACAAAUGAAGGUGACAAUGGAAGCAGUAUUGAAGACAACAUAGAUGAAAUUGAAGCUGCACUUGCUCAAUUAAAAAGGGAAUUAGGGUUGUGAACAACAAUGUCACCAUUUCUUUUGGGUAUUCAGCUCUUGGAAUGUCUGUUGCAACUUCUUUGGUUUGUGCAGGAAAUUCAAGAAUUUAGCUGCAAAUGCAGGUGAAUUUUCUACAUUAUUGUGCAAAAAGCUUGAGGAUGUAGGAAGAAAGCAUUUAAUUCUAUAACUGUAUCAGAAAAACAUUCAAUUUGUAAAGAUCAAUAAACAGUCAACAAAAUUAAUUUUAUUGUACUUCUCUUUUAUUUUA